UCAGUGUGAGCGUGGAGGCUAGCUAAAGCUAUCCCAUUGGUCGCUUCCGUCAAUGUAAACAUGUAGCCGGUUCACCAGUCUAAGGUGUAACCGCACUGCUGUUGAGCCGUUUCCUAAUGCUCAACACGUUUGUCAGUAGCACGGAUAAUGAUGGAUGUGUCGCUGAAAAUAGCAGUUUCGGAACCGGGGCAAUGUAGUGUUAGCUCGAUAACUAGCUAACACUGAAUAGCUAGCGUUAGUUAGCUUAACUAUCGGGCCGUGCUUGUAUUGGCUGGCCUUGCUAAUUAGACAGCUAGCUCCCAGUUGGCAGCCAUGAAGGGCUAAAUUGAGCGUAGCCAAGUAAAGGAGGAUGGCAAGUAUUAAUGUAAUUUGACAAGGACACACCAAGAAGCGGAGACAAAAAAAAUGAGUAAAUCCAGAGGUGCUGGUGCCUCGUCACCGGUGAACGGAAAACAAGACUGGGACACCAAGCGGAAGAGGAAAAUUGCGGACAUCGCGCAUGCCCUCAGUGCGAGUCCAGUGGACGUGGCUGCUUUGAGAAGGAUGGCCAUCAGUGAAGGUGGUCUGCUGACUGAUGAGCUACGCUGUCAAGUGUGGCCUCGGCUCCUCAACGUCCCUCCUCACGUCUUGGAACAAGAGCCAGAAACGGUAGAACGGGAGGAUAACAAGGACUACAACCAGGUGCUACUGGAUGUCCAGCGUUCGCUGCGGAGGUUCCCGCCUGGUAUGCCAGAUGAGCAGAGGGAGGGUCUCCAGGAAGAACUAAUUGACAUCAUCCUUGUAGUUCUCAAACGCAAUCCCCAGCUGCACUACUACCAAGGAUACCAUGACAUUGUUGUCACCUUCUUAUUGGUACUGGGAGAGCGCCUCGCAACUGCUCUUGUGGAAAAGCUCUCCACGCACCACCUCAGGGACUUCAUGGAUCCCACCAUGGACAACACGAAACACAUUCUCAACUAUUUGAUGCCCAUCAUUGAGAGGGUCAACCCUGAAGUGCAUGAUUUCAUGCAACAGGCUGAGGUGGGGACAGUCUUUGCUCUCAGUUGGCUGAUCACCUGGUUUGGUCACGUCCUGUCAGACUUCCGCCAUGUGGUCCGGUUGUAUGACUUUUUCCUGGCCUGCCAUCCGUUGAUGCCCAUCUACUUUGCUGCUGUGAUUGUGCUGUACAGAGAAGAGGAGGUGUUGGAGUGUGAGUGCGAUAUGGCCAUGGUUCAUCACCUGCUGUCUCAGAUCCCCCAGGAUCUGCCGUAUGAGAUGCUCAUCAGCCGGGCGGGAGACCUCUUUGUCCAGUUCCCUCCCUCUGAACUGGCCAGAGAGGCUGCCGCACAUGACAGCAUGGCCGCCUCUACCUUUAAGGACUUUGACCUUGCGUCCACUCAACAGCGGCCAGACUCUGUUCUCCGUCGCCGACGCAGACAGAAACAGGCUGCACUGGAGAGGUCGGCGGCCAACGCGGUAGUGACGGUGGCCCAGCCUUCGACGACGCGGCGAUUGGUCCGACUGGCCGUCAUGGGCCUCACAGUGGCUUUAGGGGCAGCAGCUUUCGCUGUGGUCAACUCGGCCCUGCAGUGGGCCCCCAAACUGGACUUGUUUCCUUGAACUGCUCCUCUUUUACUCCCACGCUCCAGCAGAUCUGUCCUUGAAUGCUGGUGGGUCUGCUUCCAAGAACCCUUUUUUUAAAUUAGUGAAACCACAAACCGUGCAGUCGAACACUGUCUGGAGUGCACUCUCUAUACUGAACCAGUUAACGCUCCUCUUUUCAUCUUCCAGGAUGUGUCUUAAUGUCCUAUGUGUGGCCUCUAAGGCUCCAGCUGGAGGUCCUUCCUCCUGAAGAGCGGGCCCCAGUAAAACAGCUGCAACGGCUGGUGUUGUGAAAUGAAGGGCCCAUCCUGUUAUAAUGAAGAGACUGUUUUUAUAAGAACCAUUACUGAUGGUGUCAUUGUUAAAGUUUAUUUAUAUUUGGUAUUAGGAUAAUCUGAGAUUGAGUUAUGCUCACAGACAUUUAUGCUGAAAGCUUGGUGGACUCAUUACACUUGAAACUGCUGCCAAUUGAGAGAGCUUGAGUGAAUGUACGAGCGUGUGUGUGGGUGUGUGUGGUCGCAACCCAUGUGAUACCUGGACUAAGACCAAAUAGAGGAUUGUUAGAGUCCUUUGUAUUUACUGUAUCUUAUUUUAUAGGUAUAUAAGAGAGAUGGUCAUGACACACAGGCACCUUGUUAAGGUCACCAUUUUAUUAUGUUAUAGGUAAUUUUGUCCAUUUUCGUGUCUACGAAAAGUAUUUUUUGUUCAAGACAUUAUCUUCCUUUCUGGUGAGUAUCUUUAAAACGUGUCAACCGUUGCAUUUUAAUUCUGGCUCAUGGUUGGGGGUCAGCUAAACAUAUCUGUUAGAAGUUUUAAAUGCAUUCCUAUUGGUCUUUUCCAAGUAGAUGUGUUGUAGCCUGCUGGAAGAGUACUUUUGUCACUCAACACUUCCAAAGGAUUAGGCCCCAGAUUGGAGCACAGUGUUUACGGUCCAGGAAGUAAAAAAUGCUAAAAAGAAUCAACCAUAAUAAACUAGUUUUACUUGAGCUUUCCUUUUUUAUUCACGCACUUAAUUGUUCGGAUGCACAACCUUAAGAGUGUGUCUGUGUUUCAUGGCCUCUAAUAAAUAGGGUUCGCUUUCUGCGUCACUUUCUCUGGAGUAGAUGAUUCAAUCUCUCCUUCUAGUUUAGUAACGCACUCACUCACUCACUCUGGAUAACAGAAAAUAUCAGAGCUGAGAUCGAAUGAAGUGGAUAUUCUGUAGUCUUUGGGCUGGCACAGUGGGGGGGGGACCCACUUCACACUGACUGCGAGUUUUGUAAAAUCACUUUCAAAUUGGUUUGAUGGGUGCUUUUCUCACACUCGUCCUCGAGGGGUGGUCCUCUCGGAAGAAAGAAAGCGUCCAAGCCUUCAUAUUCAUGCGAUCCAGCUUUUUUCUUACAAACAUGAAUUUAGCUUUAACACUUAACAUUAACUAAGUUGGAUUGCUUUGAGUGUAGCAUUUGCAUUUCAGAGGCAGUCGAGCUCAUUCCAAUGUUGCAGUCAUUCAGUCAUAUAUUUAGGGUGUUGUUUAGGGGUGAGCCACUUCCCCGAAUAGCCGAGUCUCAUCAGAAAAUACAUUGCAAAUAGUUUGUCACAGCACUUCCUUCCAAGAUGGUGAGUUUGGCUUGUCUGUAAUCUUUAUGAUGUAGUUUGCUUAACAGAAAAAUGCCUGAAUUAUUGACUUCAGGUCACAUGUAUUGUGCUGCACAACAACCAGUCAACUAAAAACGUUUCGCUUCAGUUGAAGGUGUUGAAGUGACGUAAAGACAGAAGUUGUUUUUGCUGUAUUAGGAACUGAAUACAUCUCCAUCCCUGUGUUGUGGUUGAGUGGUGUACUGCCUUUGUAGUGAACCACUGAUUCAGCUGUUACGGGAUCUACUGACUGAAGGUGACCUGGAACAUGUCCGAGGAUGCACGGAGGUGCCGGAGAGCUCAGCUGUAUUGUGACACACCAUGUAUCUGCACUCGGCAGCUGUCAUUAAUUAUCAUUGCACUAAAGAAUGGAUCUGCCUUUUUGUUUAUUUUGUUAUAAUGAAACUGUCAUACUAAUGUAAAGUUGUACAACAGAAUGCUAAUAAACUAGAGUGAAAAUGUUCAAUGUUGUGUCAAUUUAUGUUGACAAUGGAGCACGUGGAGGAAGUGCCUUUGAUAAAUGUUUUUCUCUCUGAGCACCCAGAGAUCAUUUUUACAGAGGCCUUUUGCACGUCCACAGCCUAACAGGAUUUGUUUUUUCUUAACGGUCAUCUUGCCUUCAACUCUCCGCUCUCUUAUCACACCUGCUAGUCCUCCAGACUUUCUGUUCCUGAGAAGGCAUCUCUACUCCCUUUCCUUACUGUCUCUACACACCAACAGACUGUCUAGUAACCAUUUGUAUUUUCUCUCUCUGAGACGUCUUUGAUUCUGCAUACAUAGAUGCUGUGUAUGUGCGUAAUCCCCGGCUGAGAAUUAUUACUUAUUAUAUUCACCGUCUGAAUAAAUCAGC